AUGUAAACUAGUGGCUAGUAAGGAGUAUUCAUUGCAAGUUGCAACCCUAUGAGUAUGAGGCUUUCAUCCACCGCCACCCUGAAAACCUUUCGCCAGAUCUUCCGAAAUGGCAUGAGCGUUAACAUUUACAACUUCAGGAUCCGCGGCUUCGCCGGCGCUGGAAACUUUGAAUCAGAAUCGGCAUUGAUAGUGGCGAGAUGCAAGGAGAAGAAGGUGCGGGAAGCGUUUGGGUUGUGGAAAGCCAUGACUGACAAGGGUGUGGAGCCAAAUUUGGUUUCGCUGAAUGCGGUUAUUCAGGGGUUGUGCGAAGAAGAACGGAUGGAAGAGGCUGAGGAGGUGGUUGAGGAGAUGAAUCGGAAGGGUUUGACCCCUGAUGAGAACACUAACAUGUCUCUGUUUCCGGUGCGAAGCAGAUAAGGCUUAUAAGGUUUUGAGUGAAAUGAUUGUUAGAGGUUUGUCACCAUCUGUCGUUAUAUACAACAAGCUUGUUAGUGCAUAUUGCGUCGGAGAGAGAGAGAGAGGGUUGAGAAGGCUGUGGGGAUUUUGAGGGUCAUGGCUAAGAGGGGUUUGUCCCCUGAUGCUGUUAGUUAUACCACUGUUAUAUCUGGGUUUUGUUAUCUCGACGAGCCGGAGCUGGACAAGGCGCUUGAAAUGAAGGCGGAGAUGCUUCACAAGGGCAUCUUACCACGUAUGCCUGUGCCUGGAGGGAAGCUUGUCCAAAGCAUUUGAUCUCUUCCUAGAGAUGCUGCGCGGGGGUGUGUUGCCAGAUAAGCUUACUUAUUUUAUAUUGAUGAAUGCUUAUUGUCUUGAAGGUAAAUUCUGUAAGGCUUUUCAUAUGCAUCAUGAGAUGACACACAAGGGUUUUUUGCCUGAUUUUGUUUCUGGGUUUUCACCCUCUCUUGUUACAUACAAUGCGCUUAUUCAUGGACUUUGCCUUUUGGGGAGGGUUGAGGAGGCUUUGGGGAUUUUGAGGGGCAUGGCUGCGAUGGGUUUGCCCCCUGAUGCUGUAUGUUAUACCACUGUUAUAUCCGGGUUAUGCAAAAUCGGGGAGCCGAGGAAGGCGUAUGAAUUGAAGUUGGAGAUGGACGGAAAGAACUUCUGGUGGCUGGAUCUAGACACAUAUGACUCGCUUAUGGAAGACCUGUCGGAUGAGGAUAUUUAUUCUAAUAUGAUGAAUGAUUAUUUUGCUCAAGGUAACAUGAAAAAGGUUUAUAGAUUGGAUUAUGAUAUGAAACACGAUGGUUAUUUAACUAGUGACGUUAUCUUUCGUGUGUAUCUGAAUGCACUUAAUAAGAAAGCCAGGACAAUAGAUGCUAAGAGGACCCUUCUGGAUAUGAUUUAUAAAAACUUGUGGACUAAGCCAUCUUAUUUUACAUAUGAUACUCUGAUAGAGAACUGCAGUAAUAAUGAAUUUAAGAGUUUGGUAGGGCUUGUCAAAGAUUUCAGCAUGAGGGGUUUAGUGGGUGAUGCCGGCAGAGCUCGUGACACAAUGCUUCACGGGAAUUAUAAGCCAGAGGGAUCAGUUUAUAAUUUAUUAAUAUUUGAUCAUUGUAGAUCUCAUAGUGUUAAUAAGGCAUAUGAUAUGUACAAGGAGAUGGUGCAUUAUGGCUUUGCUCCUCAUAUGUUCUCUAUACUUGCUGUUAUUAAGGCUCUACAUUAUGAUAGAAGGUACAAUGAGAUGAUGUGGGUAAUUAAAAACACAUUGAAGAGCUGCAAUCUCAAUGAUUCUGAGCUACGUAAAGUACUUAACAAAAUUAAUGUCAGGGAAUGUGAUAUUGAUGCUCUUUUGGAUGUGCUAGCUGAAAUAGCCAUGGGUGGUCUGUUACUUGAUGGUGGAAAGUGUUCAUAUGCUUCAGCAAGUACCUAAUAUCUUUGGUUCUGCUUGUUGAACUCUGUUAUCAUAAACCUUGAGCUGACCCUUCCACCUUGCAUCUAGCAUGAUUUGGCUUGGAGGCUUGCAAUAUGGAAAGUUUUCCCUUGUUAGGAAAGCAAUUUAUCAUCUUUUACUUGGAACUCUACAGCUAUCAAAGACCUCCUUCUAGACCAGGUCGUUCAGAUCUUUUUUUUUUUAAUUGUCAAGUAUGAAGUUACUUGCUUUCAGUCAUAAGUAGAAAUCAGUAGCUUGGUAUUUUUUUAACCAAAAGGUCUUUCUAACUCUUGCUAAAUUACUUUCAGGUUGGUGGGAAUCAUGUUUUAUGAUUUUAUGAAUUUCAAUAAUUUUGAAUGAGGGUUGCUGAAAUCAACAAAGUAUUAUCUGACAUGAUCUGUCAUUUAUUAUUUCACAUGAAUGAUAAAAUUUAAAUCUGUUCUCCCUAAACUCCCAAGGUCCCAAGCUCAUAGGGUAAAUCAGUAAGCUGGGGUCCGGGAUUGAAGAUGUUGGGGGGUUUCACUAACUCAAGUUCUUUCUGUCUUCUUGUAGACUCUUUUCUUGUCCCUUGGGUUGUUGGGGGGUUUCACUAAAAUUAUGUGUCUUAUUACAUGUUAAAUGCGGUAAUAAUUGCUCUUCAGAGGUUACGGGUGGCUAUUUACCGUUGGGAGUUAUUGUGCUCAGACCCUUGGGUUCCCAACGGUGAACCAACGGCUUCUAGGGCCAGAGUACUUCGAAGGACGGUUUUUAGGAGAUGCUAUGCAUUUGGUCCCUUCUUUUCGACCGAAUUGUCGCUAUGCGAGAACUGGGGAGGGACACAACCCUCCAAGCCCUUAAGCGUGUGCGCUUAAUGGACUUUAAGAUAAGAUUUCCUUUUUGAUCCGGUUGUUUAGCUAUCUGAUAACUCGUGAGGGACACUGCUAUCCAAGCCAUUUAGCGUGUGCGCUUGAUUGGCUUUAAGAUAAAACUCAUGCAAAAGCUAAAAACUUUAUGACUGAACCACCAACUGUAUAAAACUGACACCCAGAUGGAGAACAUUGCUCCAUAGUGCAGAGCUUGCUGCAGCUGAGAAUUUGAUGUUCAUUGGUGUCAUAGUUUUGUGAUUUUCUAGAGUUUACUUCUCAUCAUAUUAUCAGUAAUGUAAUAUCAUCCCUUCCUUUUGUCCUUUGUUGAGAUUUGACUGGUUAUCAUUACAGCUAUAACAUGUUUGGAUGAGGUUCUCUUACCUGAAUUAAGUCUGAAGUUUAGAGCUACUCACCCAGAUUUGAUUCUGACUACAAAAUCAAUUAUGGAAGAGUUUCCAAUCAUGCACUUAGCACAUAAUCUGCUCAUGUUUCUGUUUUUUAGGUAUGUUGGUGAUAUGGUAGUAACAGUAUACCUGUUGUGCGAGCGAGCUUGAUUUAUGGCUGCUCCUCCAUUUUGGGAUUGCUGCAUUACUUCCCUUCCUAUUCCUUCUCCACCACUCUUAAUUCAGCAUGAUAUUGGGGCCUUGCUUGUUUCUUUUGGCCGGGGACAUCAUUAGGAUGAUGUGUGAUCCGUUGAAAUGAGAAGGUGGACACUGUCCCAUGGUUGGUGAUUCAUUAAAAUCAUGCAAUUCGGUCUCUAUAGUCUAUAAAAAGCUGCUUCAUCGAGCCCCAAAGGCGUUGAAUAGGUACAGCCUACCUUGGUUGCACCUGCAGGUGACCUUGAAUUGUAUAUAACUUCAUUCAAUGUUAAUGUGCAUGUGAGAGAUGUCUGCACAGCCUAAGGUUGUUGUCAAAGUUGAAAGUGAAGAAUAUAUGCUGGCUUUGCAAGUAAGUUUUGUUCAGGGAAAUUUUAUGGUACAUUAGCUAAGUUCUUGUGGAAUGUGUGUAAUAUCUGUAUUGGAUACUUGCUUGCUAUAGAGGAUGACUAUUAGAGAAAAAGCUGGCAUUCAUAGAGCAAUGUAAGGCAGGAAAGUUUUAAGUUGUUCUCAAAGAAAUCUUGUGGCUAAUUUUAAUUGAACAGUGUGGAGAAGGCAAAGGAAUGAGGUCAUAGCUCUCUUGCA